GCUACACAACAGUCGACUUCCGAAGUCAGCAAUAUUAAAUACAAUCACAACUGAAGGUAAUAACACAUUUUUCACAAAACCAAGAAGAUAGAUACGUGUCGAAAGAUAUGCAGAAAUGACGCAACGUUAAUUGAGAUUAUUUGGUAGACCAAUCCUGUCAACUUUCUGAAAUGACGAGAGGAUAAUAAUAUCGUCCAGGAACAAUUCCCUCAACUUAUUGCAGAAACAAGUAAAGGAGCAAAAAUGUCCGCUGUACCAUGGGAAAGCGAGGAAAGUCGAAACUACAUCUGUAUGGAUUAUAUUGUCACCAAUGUUGCAAGUAAAGGAUUGAGAAAAAUAUUUAUUCAGGAAUGGAACAGUCGUUACCAGGCUUCCUUUGGAAAAUGGGAUGACACCAACGUAGGUGGUAAUCAGUUGUUUCAUAGGGAAAAAUCACGUGCCAGGCCGAACAAGAACACACUCCAGUCUAAAUUUCAAGAUGGUGAUACAAAUGAGUGGGAUUGUACUGUGCUUUCUGAUGCAAUUCUUUACUCCAAUUCCAUUGGAACAAGUCUGAAUCCAACGAUACGGAUUGCAGUCGACAAUAUCAGAACAUUACGAAACGAAAUUAAGCACAUUUUUGAAGCAAAACUCGACGACAAAGACUUUCAGUCCAUGACAACCCGUGUUGAAAAUGCGUUUAAAGCCCUGAGUCUUCCAAUCUAUGAGGUUCAACGAAUCAAAAUUGAGCGGAAUCUUUACAAGUCGUUUCAAGUUUUGCCUCCUAAGCCAACUCAUGAAGUUGUUCACCGUUCAGAGUUGAUACAUGAUAUAAAAUCUGAUCUGGAAAAGCUGCAUCAAGAUAACGAAAAUAAACUCACAUAUUUCUUUAUCUCUGGGAAUCCAGGAAGUGGAAAAUCUCAACUCGCUAGACAAGUCUGUGAAGAUAUUUACAAAACUGUUAAUUGGGCAACAGAGGCUAUUUUUUUCAUGACAUUAAACGGAAGAGAAUUAGAUUCACUUUUGAAUUCAUACGAGGACUUUUGUCGCCGGCUAAAUUGCAACGAAUCUGUAUUGGAAAGCGUGUUGAAUUCAUCAAAAGCAAAAGAUGAGAAAAUCAAAAACUUAAGAUCGCAAAUAUCCAGCAGAAUGAGGAAUUGGAAAAAGUGGUGGAUCAUCGUGGACAAUGUAGAAAAUCCCGAGCUCAUUUUCCCACUUCUGCCACAGUUAGGCGAUGAACUUUGGAAUAACGGUCAAAUCAUAGUAACAACACAAAACAGAAAUUGUCUUCCUGAUGACAGUCUGUCAACUAAACAGAUUUCCCUCAGUUCAGGUAUGAGUGAUCAAGAAUGUCGCAAACUUCUUACUCUCUUAUCAAGAAAAGACGUCAAUUAUACAUUACUAGAUGACGUUGCAGAGAAGUUGGAUCGCCAACCAUUGGCAAUGGCUUCCGCAGCCGUGUACAUGCGGCAAGUCAUCCAAAGUUCCCCGGAUUUUUCGUGGCAAGAAUAUUUAGGAAAACUAGAACAGGAUAAGAGAAAGAUGACGGAGGGACGUCUAAAGCAGAUUAAUUUGGUAGCAUAUUCCUCAAGCAUGACAACAGCUGUGCUUUUAGCUGUUGAAAAAUGCACCGAAAGCAACAAAAUUCUUGAACACGCAUUCACCCUAUUCUCUUUCAUAUCGUUCGAACCAUUACCACUCGACCUUGUUGUAAAAUACAUUCAGCUGCAAGAAGAAUCACUUGAUGCCGAAGACAUCAUUCUUGCAAUAAAUCUUUGCUCCUUGUUCGUUCAUGUUGAAAAUAUGGAGAGAGAUGUCCGUCUACAUCGUGUUGUUCACGAAGCAGUCAAAAUAUAUUUUCUUUCCACAAAAUGUGAAGAUGACACGAUUUCCGGGACUGAAAUAUUUACUAAGAAAAGAACAACGGAAAAUAAUUUGAAAGUUGUAAUGUUCAAAGUUUUGAAAACAAUUUAUUACUUCAAAAAUCGGAAAGACAAAAAUAAAACGAUUCCACAUUUGAAAGCAUUGCACAAAGAAAUUUAUAGAUUGUUUCCAAAUCAAGGGCUAUCAUUUUUGAGUUUCGAAUUUCAUGAAACAGAAAUUUCUGAAAUGUAUGGGUUUUUUGGGAAAACUCUUCAUUACUUUUGCGAAAUAAAACUCUCAAUGGAAUUUUAUCACCAAAAAUUGAAUAUUGAAAUAAAACGAUUAGGACCAAACCAUAUUGCUGUCACUGAUUCAUACAACAACCUGGGUCUUGUUUAUCAUGAUAAAGGUGAUCUGGAAAUGGCUAGUGAUUAUCAUGAACGGGCGUUAAAAAUUAAAUUAGAACAAUUAGGGCCAAACCAUAUUGACGUUGCUGUUUCAUACAACAACCUGGGUAUUGUUAAUCAUGAUAAAGGUGAUCUGGAAAUGGCUAGUGAUUAUCAUCAACGGGCGUUAAAAAUUAGAUUAGAACAAUUAGGGCCAAACCAUAUUGACGUUGCUGCUUCAUACAACAACCUGGGUAUUGUGUAUUAUGAUAAAGGUGAUCUGGAAUUGGCUGGUGAUUAUCAAAAACGGGCGUUAGAAAUUAAAUUAGAACAAUUAGGGCCAAACUAUAUUGGAGUUGGUCGUUCAUACAACAACCUUGGUAAUGUGUAUCAUGAUAAAGGUGAUCUGGAAAUGGCUAGUGAUUAUCAUCAACGGGCGUUAAAAAUUAGUUUAGAACAAUUAGGGCCAAACCAUAUUGACGUUGCUGUUUCAUACAACAACCUUGGUAAUGUGUAUCGUAAUAAAAGUGAUCUGGAAAUUGCUAGUUAUUAUCAUAAACGGGCGUUAAAAAUUAGAUUAGAACAAUUAGAGCCAAACCAUAUUGACGUUGCUGCUUCAUACAACAACCUUGGUAAUGUGUAUCGUGAUAAAUGUGAUCUGGAAAUGGCUAGUGAUUAUCAUAAACGGGCUUUAAAAAUUAUAUCAGAGCAAUUAGGGCCAAACCACAUUAACGUUGCUGCUUCAUACAACAACCUGGGUAAUGUGUAUCAUGAUAAAGGUGAUCUGGAAAUGGCUAGUGAUUAUCAUAAACGGGCUUUAAAAAUUAGAUUAGAACAUUUAGGGCCAAACCAUAGUGACGUUGCUGUUUCAUACAACAACCUUGGUAAUGUGUAUCGUGAUAAAGGUGAUCUGGAAAUGGCUAGUGAUUAUCAUAAACGGGCGGUAAAUCUAUCCUCCCAUGCAGAGCACUUUUCAUUUACUGGAUGACGUUGCUGUAUAUUAUGAUAGCACAGAAUUAUUAUCAAGGAGCAACGAGUUUAUUUUGAAAGUGCUAAAGAUAAUCAUCAAUACGGGCGCUAUGACUAUCAUCGAACACCAAAAACUAUUUUAGAAUGGGACGUGUUUGUGUUGAAAAAGACAAUGCGGAACAUGGCAUUGAUAAUUUCAAACUGAACAUAGUAUUGGGUUAGGAUUAUGGGGAUAUAGAACUGUACUGACUCUACAACUUUUUAUUGCACGCAAUAUAUUAUGCAUUCACCAUUUACCAUUCGGCAGGACACCAUUGAGAAAGUUCAAAACUUUGCCUACCUGGAUAGCACUGUGUCUACAGAGCGUGGAACUGAUCAGGACAUCCGCAUUCGGAUAGGAAAAGCUGCAGGAACCUUCAAUACCCUUCAACCCAUCUGGCAAUCAACGAAGCUGUCCCUCAACACGAAACUUAGUAUCUUCAACUCCAAUGUGAAAAGUGUCCUCCUAUACGGCAGUGAAACUUGGAGAGUGCUGAAGUCGUCGAUGUCCAAAUUACAAGUCUUUGUGAACCGCUACGUCCGCCAGAUCCUUGGAGUGCGGUGGUACGGCAGGUUGAGUAAUGAAGAGCUGUGGAGAAUAACAUCUCAGGAGCCAAUCAAGCAAAAAAUCAAGAGACGCAAGUGGCGUUGGCUCGGACACACGAUGAGGAAACAUGCAGACAAUAUCACACGAAGAGGGCUACGGUGGACACCCCAAGGGAAGCGCAAACGAGGACGGCCGAAGACCACCUGGCGGCGCUCAACGGAAGCCGAAGCGAAGGCCGCUGGCCUGACAUGGGGACAGCUCGAGCGGAAGGCCCAGGACGGAAGGGGAUGGCGUUCUCUGGUGGACGACCUAUGUUCCGUACGGAACGACAGGAACAAAUAUAUAAUAGACUAUGCGUUGUCUUACAUUAGAGCGAGACAGGACUAAUUAGCGGUUAAGAAGUUCACACAGUUUCCGUAACCUAAAGCUUAUGUUGCUCAUCGCAGUUCCUGUACUUUACUUUAUCCCUCGUUUAUUUCAAGAGAUUUUUUCGUGUUAUUCAUUAAUUUAUAUAUAAAUGGCUAAGAGUGUGUUAAGUGCAUUAAUGCAGUGUUUCAUUUUAUUGUAAAUUUGUGUGACAUAA